AUGGCGAUCCAUCCUCAACCGGUAGAGCGAGGACAUCGGGAACACAAUAAGAUUAUGGUUCUGGAUAAUAGCAGUACGAAUCCCAGCUCGACAGGCCCCAACUCGACUAAUGUUGGAGCUAUUGCUGAAGAUGAUUACAUUGGUCAUAACAAUGAUGUACCACUUCUGACCUCCAUCGCCUAA